CAGAGCUGUCGGUUGUUUCCGGGUCUGGUCCAGUCCAGCAGAGGGACGGAACCAGCACGAGGACACGAUGAUCGGUACCGGUCCACACCGGAAGACCUGAACCACCUGUCUGUCUGUCUGUCUGUCUGUCUGUCUGUCUGUCUGUCUGCCGUCAUGUCCAAACAGAAGACUCUUAUCAUCACAGACGAUGAGGAGGUGGAGGCUGAGGAGUUGAACCCGUUCUCCUUCAGAGAGUUUCUACGUUGGAAGAAUCAGGAACCAGAACCGGACCAAGACCAGGACGAGGAGCAGACACACAUCAAAUCCAGCAGCUCUCACAGGUUGCUGACCUUUGACCCUGAGGUCAGCUGUUUCUUCUCUCAGCCCUCAUUGGCUCCACAGGAGGAAGACUGGGGGCGGAGCUUCCAGUCAGGUGUAGACAGCACGUCGUCCCUGUGCACAGAGGACGAGGACGAGGAGGAGACCAGGUUCUCCUCCAAACCUGAAGGAGGAGGAGCAGGAGGGGGAGGAGGAGAGAACUAUGAAGGAGACGAUGAGACCUCCAUUGCUGAGCCGGUCACCUCCGUCAGGAGGAGGAGCGGGAGGAGCAGUCAGAUCCAACAGUUGAAGGAGGAGAACGUGUCGUUGAGGAGGACCAUCGUGGAGCUACAGAGGAGAUCAGAAGUUAACGAACGCAGGGUGGUGGAGCUGUCGGAGGAGCUGCACCAGAGGAGGCGCCAGGAGGAGAAGGAGGCGCAGGACCUGGAGAGCAUGGUCCACUCUGUGGAGCAGAACCUCCACCUGAUGACGAAGCGAGCAGUCAAAGCAGAGAGCAGUGUCUCUAAACUGAAGGCGGAGCUUCAGCAGCUGCAGGUGGAGGCGGAGUCUCUGCGGUUGGAGAACGACAGUCUGAAGGCAGCAGAGUCUGAGGUUGUCAUGACAAUGAGACACAACGCUCAGAUGGCCUCUGAGUAUCUGAACAAGACGGCAAGCCACGCCCACUCCUCCAUCCGUCAGCUGUUGGGGGAAGCAGAGACUCUCCGUUUAGUCUCUCAGCUGCUGAAAUCCAUCGACAAGAUCUCGAACCUGGACCCAGAGUCCUGAACACAUCCGGACAAGCAGAACCUGUGUUGGACCUGUGUUGGACUUGUGUUGGACCUGUGUUGGACCUGUGUUGGACCAGUGUUGGACCAGUGUGGGACUUGUUUUGGACCUGUGUUGGACCUGUGUUGGACUUGUGUUGGACUUGUGUUGGACCUGUGUUGGACCUGUGUUGGACCAGUGUGGGACUUGUUUUGGACCUGUGUUGGACUUGUGUUGGACCUGUGUUGGACCAGUGUGGGACUUGUUUUGGACCUGUGUUGGACCAGUGUGGGACUUGUUUUGGACCUGUGUUGGACUUGUGUUGGACCAGUGUUGGACUUGUUUUGGACUUGUGUUGGACCAGUGUUGGACUUGUUUUGGACUUGUGUUGGACCUGUGUUGGACUUGUUUUGGACCUGUGUUGGACCUGUGUUGGACCUGUGUUGUACCAGUGUUGGACUUGUUUUGGACCU